AUGUCCGCUCGUGUCCGCAUAAAACGGCUUAUCGACUAUGUCAAUGAGGGUGGCAUCCUAGACGGUCAUAACGAUAUUCCCGGUGAUAUUCGUCGAGAUCUAAUCCUGGAAAGCCAGGCGGGAAGAAAGUCGAAAAAAAUGGAUGUGUUAACAACAGGACUACCAUAUCCUUCAACUAUUAUCAACGUCUUACCAGGAAAAGAUGGCAGCGCUUGUAUGGAUACCUCGUCCCUACCCAGGCCUUUGGCUGACGAGCCUCUCAUUAUUGCCGGGCCUCGUGAAUCCGCUGUGAGAGAAUACUACAAAUAG